AUUUGCUUUGCUGUUGAUAUUGAAACAAUAAGAGAAACCACAAGGCGGUUGGGCAUAUAUUACGUGACGAGCUGCUGCCUGCGGUCACAAUGCUAUUGUAACACGGAUUAGCAAUGGAAGAAUGAUACAGAAAUGUUACAAAAAUGGAUUGGAUAACGACGCAAAACUCCAGUAACCAAAUGACGAACCAAAGCGGUCAAAGGAUGUCGGUAUGGUUCAUGCCUGUUGUAUUCGGCAUUGCUUUACUUGUUGCAGUAGUGGUUGUCUUGGUGAUGUGCAUUCGCUGGCGUCAACUGAGAUCAUCCGCUAAUAAUGCCAGCCAAGAAGAAGAAGAGGGGUACGAAGAAAUAUCAGCGAAAACGUCGUCAAGACGUAUAAAAAGAAACACAGAUAAAGACGACUAUGAAACAAUCCCAGUCAUGUUAAAGAAAACACCAAAAAACACCAACAAGAAUAACGAUAGAGAGUAUAAGAUGCUGACCUCUGUGCGACCGCAACAUGAACGAGAAUACGCUUCUCUUAACAAAGCAACCUGUUCUUCCAAGACUUCACUUUCAAGUCUUUCUUCCGGUUGUGACGUCAAAGAAGACCGAUCUAAAAAUAGAACAAAGCGACAGGGUCUGGUUAUUCCAUCUUUGAGUAAUCCAAUAGAAGAGCCUGCUGACAGGGUUUGUGUAUCACAGGCUCGGUCAUUGGAAGACAUAGCCACACAGUCAACAAAACAGGUCAAACGGGUUAAAACAUUGAGGAGUCAGCCGGGGUCAAAGAUUGCGAAUCUAGGUGUAGAUGUAAACCAACAAAACAGCAGCAUUGUCACUAGAGCAGCAAGUAUGAAACCUAAACCGGGGGUGUAUCCAAAGCCUUAUAGGAGUCAAAAAGAAAUUAAGAAAAAUGUACGAAAAAUACAAUAUGAAAACGCAACAGUCGUCAUCGAUGGAGAUAAAACUGAAACCCUAAGAAUAUCACUUGAGAAAAAACAAUGAUGCUUAACCAAAAAAGUGAAAAAAGACAAACGGGAGUUGACUCGGUUAUGAGAGUGGAUGAUAACCAGGCUACUCUUACAAAAAAGGGCCCCCCAGGUGCAUGAUGCGUCAUUCCCUACUCCAUGUAGUCGCCGGUAGACAUUCAUUACCUUUACUGGUUAAAAUGACUUGUUCUUAYUCUAUGCAUGUCUCUGCCAAACUGUGGAAUUGUUUGAAGCUGUUUCAGUUCUAGGGCUUCUUUUAAUCCUUAAUGGAGAGCAAGUCAUAUCAUGUUUCCAUUUGUGUCUGAAUUUCAAAGUAUUCAUUACGAUCGGUCUUUUUACUUUUUACUUAGCCUUGUGGUUAUUGCAGACAACCUG